CAUUAUAUUGACCUUGAAAUUGUUGUGUACUUUGUCAGCAAUACAUACGAUAAAGGAAGAGUCGUUUUCAUUUUAUUAGUAGUUUGACUUUUGAAUUCUAUUGUUUGAAACAAAAAAAAAAAAAGAGUCAAAUUAUCACAAUAAAAUUUCAAAUCGCAAGAAUUGAUGGAUUAAAGGUGAACAAGUAUGAAAGAUUAAACAUGUCUCAUGGCUGGAGGCAGGGGCAACAACAAGCAAAAUUUAGACAGAAUACAUCAAUGGCUCUGUUGCCAUCAACUUUAUGCUUCUGUCAAGCCUGAACCUCCUUCCAGUGAAACGUUUAAAAAAUACCAGAGUAUAGAAAAGAACCGGAUUGUUACAAAAAGUCUGAAUGAUCUGCAAGAUAAUAUUUCGAGCAUAUUUACGGACUCUUUGUAUUGUGAUCUUAACAUAGUACAUGGACAUAAUAUAAUACGAACAAACCAAUGUAUUGUUAAAACAAGAGCUCCACACUUUUACAAGGUUCUCAAACCUUAUUUUGUAUACAUUAAGAAUCAUAUUGAUUGCAUCAUUGAUAAACUGGAAAUUUUUCAUCAUAUAGAAGGCUUUGUGAGGCAUUUAUACAGCAAUUCAAACUUCUCAAAAGAAGAAAAAUUGUUAGUAGAACAUAUUUUGAGUACUUAUACCUCAAAUCUUGUGAAUGCAUCUUCUGAUAAUAAAUUAGACGUCGAUAAAAGAUAUGUGGAUUAUACAACACCAGACUGUCAUUCAAAAAACAUUGAAAGUAUAAGAAAUGUAAGAGAAUAUGCUACUGUGGAUAUAAGUCCCACUGUAUCCGAUAUGGCUGAUUCUGGAUUAGAAACUGGUUCUGUGAGUCCACACGAAAAUACUACAUCUGAGAAUUCGAGUACUGAUUUUGAGGAAUUGCAAGUCACGGAAUAUGCUUCUGGAAAUGAUGAUCUGGAUAAAGUACGCACCAGGCGCGUGCACAACAAAGAUCAAAAAGUAGUUUUAAAAAAUGAACGCUAUGAUUUGACUAAUAAUUAUACAAGCACAUGCCAUAUGAAGAACCUGGUAGACUCAGGAUUAAUGGAAUGUGGUUCAAAUGAUAAUAGUGCAACAAGUUGUUCUUUUGAUGCAGAACAACCGCAAUUAGAUUCCUCUAGUUCAUCUACGGAUAAUCUUCAGAAAGCAAAGUCACAUACAGACGAAAUUUUUCAAUAUGAAAACCAAGUACUUAGCGAUCCGUUUUACGAGUCAGACUGUGGAAGUGAUGAAAAUGAAUCGUUUGAAUUUAUUAAUAUUGGUAAUGCGUCUUCUGUAAAUACCGAACAGAGUUGCGUAAAGGAAGAAUCUACGGAAAAAUUGGAAGACGAGAAAAUGUGUCAUUCCAGUUAUUCACAAGCUGAAAAUGCGCAAUCAGAAAAUGCAAAUCAUGAAGUAUCACACGAUACACUCAAUCAAAAAAGUUCCUGUAAUACAAGUAAUUAUUACUUUAUUGAUGCAUCGACCCUCAAUGAUGAAAUAGAAGUUCCAACUUCCAACGUAGUAAAAAGUAGAUUCGAUGAAAAACCACAUCCAUACGUUUCCUAUUCUUCUAAAUAUGUUGCAAGUACAUCUAAUGAUCUCACCGACGAACAAUAUUACAAAUUCACACCUCUUAAAACAAGCAAUUUGCAAACAGGACAUGAACGAAUAGCAGAAUUCGAAAAAGAAUUAAAACUUACAGAAUACUUAGAACCACUUACCGACACACGAAGAACAAAGAGAACUGAUUCUGUAUCUGAAGAUAAAGUAAAGGUUGAAACAAAUAAAGAAUCUCUAGCUGUAGAAAUUAAGGAAGCAGACAGUGGCGAAAGCGCGCAUCCCUCCCCUUGUCCUGACAAUAAUAAAAAUAUAAAUAACGAUCGGCACGUUAUAUCGCGAAUAAAUAAUGAUAACGACGCAAACGUGGCUAUAGACGAUAAAAAAGAAGCAGUUAAAGAGAGAGACGAUAAAGAUACAAAUAUAGCCGAUGAUACACGACGACCUUCCCUCAUCAGGAGGAAUACGUUUGAGCUGGACUCAAAUGACGAAAAGCUUUCAGUUUUACGGCAAGAAUAUGAACGACGACAAGGUAACUUGGUAUUUCAAAAUGCUAUACCUCAAUAUUCAGGACAUCGUGUCGAUGGCGAUUCAUGUUUUAAUCCACCGGACGAACCUUCAAUUCCGAUAAGUAACGUAUUAAAUAAGUUUCCAAUUGAUGUUCAAAUUCCGACUGGCAGCCAGUAUCAUACCAUGCCAUAUGUUCCAUUAGACAAUGCAAAAUAUGAAGAUAAUCAGACGCCACCAGAGAAUAAUAAUUCUUUGCAAAGUAACACCAGUAUAAUUUACCCGGUAACGAAAAGUGCUAGUGACGAGGUUGUCACGAAUUAUCAUUCUGAAUUGGACAACGAGUCGAGUAACUGUAGCAACAGUUUACCCGUUACAUUAAGUUGCAUUUUAGAAAAAGACAGUAGAACCGACACGAUAAAGAAAACCAAGUGUGACGAAACUAUGCCUAUAAUUUCCGGUGGUGUCAGCACUUCGGACUAUUCGAAACCUACUGAUAGUCCCACUGUGCGCCGAAAAACGGAAUCGACGCCAAUCGUUUCUGGUGGUUCUGUUAUUAUGAACGAACCCGAAAUGAAGGCGAGAUCCACAAGAAUGUCCUCGUCUAUGACUGCAUGGGUGGUUGAUAUGAGCGACUGCAACAAAAGCGAGUCCAAAUCGCCAAACAACUUUCACGCAGGAAUGUCUCAAAGUUUUUCAAAUUCGGAAUGCACGAAGAAAAUAGCGAGGAAACCAAAUGGCCAUGAAAAGCAUGGUAGUCUAGGAUUUUUUGUUAAUUUGAAAGAUAUGGAUUGUAAACCUGUUCCUCAGCAGCAGAAUUAUUCGAUAGAUAAGAAAGAACAAAAUGGAUGUAGUAAAUCUUAUUGCGAGUUUUACGUCGACAUGUCCGGUACAAGUAACGCGUCGAAAAAUAAAAAAACAGAAGUGGACGAAUCAACUGUUAAAUCGGAAAAAUUUAACGAGACCAACGAUAAGAAAAAUAUUUUCUCCAUGUUCAUUGAUUUAAGCGAUCCGCCUAAGAGCAGAGAAAAUAUCGUACCACCUUCACACAGGAGGAGCUUCUCUGCAUUCUCUGACAAACAAAUAGAAACGAAGUCUGAUGAUACUAAUUCAAGCGAGAAUAGUAUCACGACAAGAGAUGAUCAGUCAUCGAGUGAGCAGAAAUGCGUCAGAGAAAAGGCCAAACCAAGCGUCUUUAUGUAUAUAGAAUCUGACUCGCCGGUGGUAAGAAGAAGAACUUUGUCUUCAUCGCGGCCAGCGUUUAAGCGACAUUCUUGGAACGUUGAUAAAACGCAAAGCGUUAGCAACAAUGGACAUGUCGCGAAAGAAUUAAUGUUUAGAAAGGAACACAAACGUGCACACAGUCUGUCCGUAGAUCGGGGAGACUUAAAGAAGCUACGGGCAAAGCCUAGUUCUUCGAGUCACUCUUUAAGUGAGACAACAAAACCAGAGUCUGUGACUCAAAAAAAUUCAAAACAUCUUCAAGAAGGUAAUAAUGGGCCAAGUAACAUGGACACGUCUUCAGAAGAUGUUUUUGAGUUUGAUGUGAGAGAUACACCUCCGAACUCUCAUGUUGAAGUGAUCAACGAAGAACUACGUGUGAGUAUAAAAGAACAUGAAUACACGGAAUUAAAAGCUGAGAGGAUUACGGAAAAUCUCAAUGCCAAUGAUAUUAAAACGUACGACGAUGAAUAUUCAGAGACUUCAGCCUGGGAGAAAACCUGUACAGAGAGUACUGAGGGUCAAACGCGCAAAAGCGAGACGUUUGACAUCAGUAGUGGCAGCGGUCCAUCUCCUGACAGCGAUAACCACGACUAUGAAUUAUCAGAACUUUUGAACGGAGAAGUGCCAAACAUAAGUCGACCACAAGUGGUUCCUGCUGUAGGUAGUAAAAUAUCAGAAACGCAUAAGUCUUUGAAUGAAACGAUCAAGAAAAUUGAAAGCGAACUGGAGAGUUCAGAUUAUGCGAAGUCAGAAACAGCCUACGAUAACCACGGUGUAACAUCCAAAAAGAAUGAAAGAACCGCAGCACACAGUACGAAAACUACAAAUUCCAACUUCGUUCGAUUGUCUGACUUGGAUAAAACACCCGUAGUUUCUCAUUCUUCGGACAUGUUGACUGUAAAAGAAGAUAGAAACACCUAUCGUAUGUGCAAUAGUAUUCCAGAAACGUCCUGGAUUGAGAGCAAACUAGUAAUGUCUAGAACUAAUGGAUCCGUUAGACCACUUCCUAGAAAAUUCUCUUCGAUCAUGAGUACUUCACUUCCAUCUAAACAGAAGUCUCCCCUUGAAGAUCUAACAGGAGAAUAUGAUGGAGAAGGUAUUAUAUCAGAAUCUGAUCUAAGCAGUAUGCAGAGUAGCAUGGGUCGUUCUGGUGCUGAAGGAAGCACAGAGGAAACUGAAACAUCUAGCUUGGCGGGAAGUAGACCGUACAAUAGAUUGGGAGAAGAUUUGUUAAGAAUGUUCUUAGAAGAAAUCAAUCCAGAUGUUACAAUUGACGUAGCUGGACGUCGUAUAAGGGCUCACAAAUGUAUAUUGAGUUCUAGGUGUCAAUAUUUUGCAGCGAUUCUCAGCGGUGGAUGGAUUGAGAGCGUAGGAAAUGUCAUUUCUUUGCAAGGAUAUUCUUACGAUGCGGUGCAUUUUGCAUUACGUCACAUAUACAGCGGAGAAAGUAACAUACCAGAUUCCAUAAGUAUUGUUGAAUUAGCUACAUUAGCUGAUAUGUUAUGCUUGGAAGGUCUUAAAGAGAUUAUUGGAUAUACGCUUAAAGUUAAAUAUUGUCAUCUAUUUCAUAAGCCUUGUCAAAUAUGUGCCGUUGGUGUAUUGGAAUGCAUGCCCUUGGCAGCAGCCUAUGGUCUCGACGAAGUGUAUCGAAAAUCUCUUCGUUGGGUUACGAGACAUUUCGUGCGAAUAUGGCCGUGCAAAGCAUUUGCGACGCUUCCCAAAGAGCUCAUGGCAAAAUGUUACCAUCAACAUAUUGUACAUAUGUCAACGGACAACGUGCUCCAAACUAUGAUGGAUUGUGAUAAGCUUCUUGCAACUUUGCCAAAUGUUCGUUGGGCUGAACCAGUAUUUAGAAUGGUUUCAAACUUGUUAGAAACGUCAGUGACGUUUUUAUCGGAUAAUUUCUCAGGAGUUUUGGGAAACGAGAACUUCCAAUCUCUUGGUCGAGAAUUGACAUGGAAUAUCAGUCGAUUGGAGGAUAAUUUCUUAGCAGCUGCCGAACGUUUGCCCCCCGAACAAGCGUGUAAAAGUUAUUCGAAAUUGCAUAAAAUGUUAACCUCGGCACAACAAGAUGAAGCUCAGGACAAAAUUAAAUGGGGUCCUUUGUUUGUUGAUUUCUUGAAAAAAAUUCAAAGUCGAGUAGAGAAAUGUUUGGUUAGGGAUGCAGCGCGAGCUGCUAGGACUACUACAUGGUUGAAAAUGGACUUAGAACUUCGGCGUAGAAUUCAAGAGUUAGCCUGUCUUGUAAUUUUACCUCAUGAAACGGCGAAACGUCAGUCAAGGCACUCUAACUUCAUUAAAGAACCUAGGCCAGCAUCAAGUCGCUCAACGAUCACUAACAGAAGCUUGGAUUUGAAGCGCGUAAAAAUGGCUAUAUCUGAACAUAAUCAUAAAACUCUAAAACAAAUGGCAGUAACUCAGCAGCAGCAGCAGCAACAGCAGCAGCAGCAACAACAGCAGCAACAGCAACAACAACAACAACAACAACAAUCGCAACAACAACAACAACAACAGCCGAAGAAAGUUUUUAACAAACCAAAAAGCGACCCAUUAGAACGUAAAAUGCAGAACGAUAAACAAACCACUACAGAUACAACAAGUAGUAGGCCAAAAUCAUGGCCUAAUAAAUUAGAGGUAAAAUCGAGAUAUUUGGAACCUCGGAACAAGUCUGUUCCGAAAGAAACUACGCAAUCAGUAAAUCAAGAAAAAGGCAUGGUACUGCAACGACGAAAAAUAAUGAUUUCAUCUUCAGAUUCAUCUCGCACAUCCAGUCCGGCAAUGAAACGGGCUACCGAUAAAAAACCAUUGGCCAAGAUAAAAUUACCUAUAAAGAAAGAUGUAAAAGCUCUUUCUUCGGAUAGUUUAACAGAAUCAAAUGCCAGUAGAACAAAUGCUAAAAGCGAUUCGAUCAGUAAAAGUUGCGGUAUCACGCGUCCAGAGUCUCCGUCUUUUAAGCAAAAAAGUACGGAGAUAGGCUUAUCUGUAGAUUCUUUGGCAGAAUCGAAAAACAAGCCAACAACUGUAAAGAAGAAGGUUACUAAAAUGGAUACUUCGAUGUCCACGGAUAGCCUUAUGACUGAAAUAACAACAACGCCCAAAUCAAACACUUCAAAUAAACUUUCACCGACUUUAGGGAAAACAAUAAAUAAAGCACAAUCUUAUGAUAAAGGAGCAAAGAAGAAUUCACCACCGAUGCAGCAAAGAAGUCCACUUACUGCGACAAGAAGACCACGGAGAUCGUUAGAGAAUUCGACCGCAGCUAGUAGAAGCCGAGCAGCUGCUAUUAGCGCUUAUCAUUUACGAAGAAAUCUUCUAGAUGCUGCGAAAACACCAGAUAUCCCAAGUAAGUCAUUAAAUAAUGUAUCGCAUAAAUCGGUAAAUAUGCGGCCGAUUAUACAAUCGACGGUUAAUCAUCCUAAUGUAAUGAGAGAAAAGAAAGAAGGAAUGUCGACUCAACAAGGCUCCGAGAGCCCUAGCAAAAGAUCUUCCCCCAAAUCAUGUGGCACUAGUAAGAUAAAUAAACCUAUGGUUACUAAUAAAAGGACACCUACUACAAAGACCACUUCUGACGAGAAAGUUAAAAAUAAGUGCCAUAAUGGGGAAGUUCCAAAACAAUUGACAGUAGGUUCUAGAUCGGGAACGUUUUUAAAAGAUGAACCUACGAUUCUUAAAAAAGCAGACAUUAAAUCUUCUCAAAUUAACACUUAAAUCCAUGAAUUGGUUGCUAUGUAAGUUUUUGUACGUACAUAGCGCCAUUAGUUUAAUGAUUAUACAUAUAAAACUAUCUUUAACCGCAAACGUGAUAACUCCAACCGCGAAAUCAUAUUAUGUGUAAAAAAAAACCUAGAGUUAUAAAUAAUUUUAAUUUAAAGCAAGUUGCAGUUGACAUUAAUUAUUAAAGGAAAUAUAUUUAAAAUGCAUUUAUUAGGUAUAUAGAAAGUGCUAUGAUUUUGUUGUAAUGUUGAAAAAAUGAAAUAUGGCCCUAGGAAUAUGUAAGUUAAAAAUUAUUAUAUUUCAUUUUUUCGAUUAUCUUGAUCUCUGACAGUGUGGAAAUAUGAGUUUUAAAGAGGUUUUGAGUGUCUUUCAAGUUCAAUUAAAAUAUUAUGUAAUUAGAGGAUAUCAGAAAAAAAUAUCACUUUCAAUCAUAAAUGCAGCUAGCUUAAUAUCCCACCCAAUUUUCAACCAAUGUAUGCAUUAAUAUAUCAUAGUAUUACACACUGCAUAUUCAUAGAAUGUAGAUGUAUCAUGGCCAGUUUUAUGGUAUCUUUAGACAGACCUUUCUUUCUUCCACAUUAAAGAGCCAUAUUAUCCAAAAUUGUUUCGUAGAAAUAUUUACUAAUUUUACUAGUUGCAAUAUAUAAGUAAUUGUAAAGUAAUUAUUUCUUACCAUUUAAUGUUGCCAUCUUACAAACUAAUUCUUAUUGUAAGUAGAACUCCGUUUAUUCUCCAAUGAUCCUUAAUAAUGAAUUAUACGUAGUUAUUGUAUUUAUUUAUUAAAUUUAUAUCUCUAUUUUGCAAUGUACAUUUCUAUGCAAUCUUUGUAUCUAGUCAUUUAUAUAUUUUAAAUAUUUACUUUUAUGUAAUGUUAAUAAAUAACUCGAUAUAAU